UUGAAGGAACAAUACGCAAUUUUAAAAACAAGAAAUGAAGAACUAGAAGAAAGAAUUCUGAAUGUCGUUGAAAAGGUUGAAAGUGAUAAGCUAACUCUCUCCGAUGAAAUCGAUCAUUUAAUAACGAGGAUAUCUUCAGCGAAUAGCAAAAUUUUAAUGCUUGAAAGUGAAUGCGCUCGUUAUAAAAGAGAUUGCAUUCUUGCCGUUCAUUUGCUGCAUUGUCAGCCGUCGCAUUACAUUGCGAAGGAAAAAGCUCCAGAAGGAUUAUUUAGUGAUGAUUCAAAUGAAGCGAUGAAGGUUGUUAGUAGAGUAGCAACAUUUCCGCCAAUGGCAAUCUUUUUACCAGAUAAUAUAGAUGGCCAACCCGAAGAUCCAUCACCAUCUGCUUGCAGCCUUGGGCCUGAAUUUCAUGGAAAACUGAAAACUUCCGCUAGUUUUUCAUCAAAUUUUGUGGAUCAAAUAAAUGCGAAUGAGGAUUACAGCUGUGUUGAAGUUCGUCGCUGCGCGAAAUGUACGGAAAUCGUGACACAAAUGUCGCGCGAAACUCAAACUUCUUGUCCAUUACCACCACGUCCUGUAAUUAUUGAUAUUCCAGCAUGGUCAACAUCCGCAAGCCAUGAAAAUAUCUAA